AUGUGCAUGUUCUUACUGAUAUUGAUGUUAUAUGUUUAUUUAAUUGGUGUCUUAAAGGAUUUUCGGAAUAUAUUGACACUGGAUUUGAGCGAUAACGUGCUCGACAUUUACAACAAAACGGCGUUUGACCCAAGUGUGCUACCAUCAUCUCUGAGAAUCCUCAAACUCUUUGGCAAUUUUCGAGAGGAUAGCAAGCUUGAAAAAGGCUAUGCCUACCCAAACUUUUCAAAUUUACGUAAUCUUGCGAUGUUGCAGAUGGAUGGCGUUGUAACCGAUUUCGACAUAGACUAUGAAAACAGUGGUGUCAGAAAUUUAACUCUAUCAUCAAAAGGACCUCUGGGGUUCUGCUCCAUAAAAGAAAUUUUCCCGACCACGUUUCACUCGCUUGUAAACGUGCGUGUUCUAGAUGUAUCCUCGUGCAGAAUUGAAAAUAUUUACAGAGAUGCCUUCAAACACAUGAAGAGUCUUGAAAUUCUGGACCUUUCUUUGAACAGACGUCUUGGAUUUAGCUCCCUGAUGAAUGUUUCAUAUUCGCUCCAGUUUACAAAUAUCCAAUUUCUGAAUUACUCACGGGUUUAUACUUCAUUUGGCCUUGGAACAAUACUCUUGAGCAGAGAUAUAUGCUACCUACGGAAUACUUCUCUGAAAGCAAUCGCCUUUGAUGACAACAGGAUAGAACAGAACACGAAUUUGUUACUUCCUGAGCACCUUGAAACAAUUUAUGCACAAGAAAACAAAUUCUCUUUUGGAAGAUGGAAAAUACGGUAUUGGUUCGACAUGACAAAGCAAAAUUAUUUUGGUUACCGCCGACUCGUAAACGACUAUGAAACUGAAAAUUACCGAUACGAUGCAUUUAUAUCUUAUUCAGACCAUGAUUUACAUUUUAUUCGAGACGAAAUUAUACCAAGGCUGGAGGACAGAGGGAUGAAGCUGUGUGUCCAUGAACGGGACUUUCUACCUGGCAUAUCGAUAUGGGACAACAUAGUGGAUGCGAUACGCACUAGCAAGAAAACGGUAGUGAUUCUCUUUAAAACAUUUGUUAAGAAGCAGUGGUGCAUAUUUGAAUUCAACAAGAAUGGAAAGUAUUGA